CCUACUUUCUCCGCCUCCUAUUCGCUUGUCCCGUUCUUCGUUUUUCUUCUUUUUGGUCUUUUUCCUCGUUGUCUGCCUCUCCUCCUCUGCUACGGAUUUCUCUCCCACUCCCUCUCCAUUUUUCCUCCACUCGUUCUAUCUCCCUCUCUUCCACCCAAUUCUUCCUUUCCAAAUCCUCCCAACCGCUGCACCAUCACCUGGCAUUUUCCCCAAUUUCAUCACCACCGUCUGGCUGCGAGCCGAUCUCGAUAUAAGAAUAGGCAACUCUCCCGAUAGUGGGAAAGUCUAACUAGGAUGGACUUCGAUUUAGGUAAUUCCUAACUAGGUAGAUACUUGGGUUAGAAGAACAUCGAACGUGACGAUACCUGGCGGGAAUUGAUUAGAAUCCAGUUAGUAAAUAUGAACAUUUUGAUUGAAUUGCAUUUCAGAGAAAAAUCUCUCGCUUGGAUGUGGCUGCUCUUACGAUAUUAAGUUUAAAUGGAUCUAGCUCUAAGUCUGACAUUAUAAAGCCUUUUAGGGAGGUUCGCAUUUAGACCAUCCAAUUUUAUUAGGUUUGAUUAAUUCAUAAAAUAUAUAUAUUUUAUUAUCAAAUUAAUAAACAAUAUUUUAUAAAUUUAUUUUUCAAUCACACACACACACACAAAUAAGAAUCGAAAAGAUUUUUUUUAUUUUUUUAUUCAUAAAACUUAUUUUCAAUUUUUUUUUUCUAAUUUCAGGUUUUCAAAUUCAUCAAACGGCCUUGAGAAAUAUAAAAACUUUGUUGAACUCAAGAUUUAAGUAGAGUAGGAACGUAAAGGAACGUAAAUGGAUCAAAUAUAUCCUCUCUUUUCUUUUUUGUUUUUUUUAAAGGUGAGUAGUUCAUCUCCACAGUUUAAAGACAUGCAAUCCUCUCCCAAAAGAUGAACUUCGAAUCCAAGUUGGAAUUUGAGUACCAUGGUAUUUGAUCCAACUAAAAUUGAAUUUGGUAAUGAACCCGAACCAAAAAGGUUAUGGACCAGGUCCUACACAAGAUCUUGAAUUGAAAUUAAAAAAAAAAAAUGGUUGAACAAAAAUAUUUUACCAGCCACGACUCAAAGACCAACAAGUCAGGUUUAACCGCUUAAAAUCCCAGAUUAUAAAGGGCACAUGGACUUAACCUGAAAUUAUGAAAAAUUGCAAAACUAGAUCCAAAGCAGAGCCUCGCUUCCCCUCCCCACACACAACUUCCACCGUGCUUGCCGGUGGACUCACGUCUCGAAGUACACCGCCCAUUGCUCUUCCCCGGCGAAGCUCUCUCUCUUGCCCACGGCGCAAAAGGAAGACGAGGCAUUUUGUCUUGCCAAAGCGGCGUGAUUUCGGUAUGGCUUGGUUGUGGAUCCUCUUGUUCUUCACUUGGGUGGCCUCCCUACUUGUGAUUCUAUUUUUGCCGUGGGGCAAUUCUGGUGUUAGAUUUGGUUCAAAACAAGGAGCUAAAGGGAUUGCACAAAUGCGAAAUGUGUUGCUGGCAGGAGCCAAAUUAGUGAAGUUGUAUGUAUUGCCUUUUCAUUCGCAUUGGUUUUUUACACCGACAGUUCUUUGCUUGAUAUCAGCAAGACAUGCUGUCCAUGUUUUAUGCAUCUCAACUGGUGAUGCAGAAGGCAAAGGGACCUUAAGAAAGAAUGAGCUUUAUCAGGCUUGCGUCAUCCUCAAGGUACAACUUCAUAGAGUAAAGAUCAUAGACCAUCCAGAUUUGCAGGAUGGUUUUGGCAAAUCAUGGAGUCCUGUUUUGAUUAAGGAUCUUAUUGAGGAAGCUGUAAUAGCUUGGGAAAUCGACACAGUAAUCACAUUUGACAAUUAUGGAAUUUCUGGUCAUCGAAACCACCAAGAUGUGCAUACUGGAUUACGCAUGCUGAUGAUGAGCAACUUGCAGAGUGAUAUUGAAGCCUGGGAACUUGUAAGUACUAAUAUUGCACGCAAGUACUGUGGCCCAGUAGAUGUCUGGUGGUCAAUUUUUGAAUCUUACUUCUGCCAGAAAGAGGAAAUAUGUUUCUUGCCAAACAAAUCCCCUUGCCUAAGUGCCAAUGCUAUGGCACAACAUAGUAGCCAGUGGGUAUGGUUUCGGAGGCUGUUUGUGGUGUUCUCACGGUACACUUACAUGAAUACUUUAAGAAAGAUCAGAUCGUAGCAUCUUGUCAAUUCCAGCUUUUUGAUAAAAUACAAGAUUUUGGGAUCGAACUGCAAGACAAGAUUCUGUAUGCUAACAGAGAGUGCUGUACCAUUUCUUGUUGGUCCCAUGAAGCUUUCGUUUUGCAGUCAUUGCCUUCAUUGGAGAACCCCAUGUAACGUUUCAGUGUUUACCGAGUUCAAAUAAUUGCGAAAGUGGUUUAUUGUUA